UCCAAUAGCAGCAGCAGCAACAGCAGCACAAGUCUGGGGCAAGUACAGUGGGUGUGAGGGGACAGGGCAGACAAAUACACAGAAAGGAUACACAACUUAUUUUGAGACUUAAACGGGACUGGAAAGGUGCUGUCAGUAGAUUUCGCUUGAAGAAACAUAGUAAAAUGUAAAGAAACGAGCAGCGUAAACAAAGAGAUUUCAGCGAGCCUGCAGUCAAACUUCCCAACAUCUGGUCUGCUGGAGGACGGGGCGAGCCGGAGUGAGACACUUUGGAGGCGGAGAGAGUGCUAUCUCUGCUGGAGAAAAUGCACUGAAUCUGGAGUUUAUGUCACCUGCAUGAGCUGAAAGUGGUUAUUUUGUGGUCGUGUAAAGUGUCCUAAAGGGUCCUAAGGAGGGCUUCACGUCCACCUGAAGCGAUAGGAGAUGAUCUAAUCAAAAUCUCGACUGCUCAGCGCCAGCCUGAACGAAGGCUCAGUCACCUCCUCCCAGAAAAGCCAGGCUUAGGCCCAUGGAUGAGGAGAGGAGUGCCACAGCCAUCUCUCUAGAUCCACCUGAUGAUGGAGACCCUGGUCUACCAGCUCCACAACCUAGUUCCCAAACAACCUCAAACACAGAGAGAGAAAACAGCUGCCCCAACCCAAACCCCUGUCCUGGUGAAGAUGUGGCCUACACCUACACUGAGCCCCUCAUAUUGAGGGUUAAUGGCACCCCAGAAAGGUUGCUAGGUGAUGAUGGAGACAGUUGCAAUUACAACACCAGCCUCUCACAUUCAACGCUUGCAACACCCAACAAGAGUAUCACAUCUCAACCAGCAGCCAGAUCCACACCCAUCCACCACACACAGUCAUGUGCAACGCAGCCCAGCAGCCAGCUACGCAACGGAGCCAAGAGCCACGAACACACACAUACGCACUGUCCGCAUCACACACACACACCUCAUCUGCAUGCACUUCAUUCCAACAUCGUCAGGAACGGUGGCUCUCAUAAACAUCCCAAGCUGGGCUCCCUCCCGAGAGGCGGCUCAUCCACCUCCUCAUCUUCUUCGGCAGGGCCCAAACACACCAAGAAGCUGCAGUCCAACCCCUCCAUCACCUCCCACAGCAGUAAAAGGAGCAAGAGCAGCUCCAAGAGCAACAGUUCCCAGAUUCCCACCGAGGCACAGGAUGACUGCUGCGUUCACUGUAUUCUGGCCUGCCUUUUUUGUGAGUUCCUAACUCUGUGCAACAUUGUGCUGGACUGUGCCACCUGCGGCUCCUGCGCGGGCAACGACUCGUGUCUCUGCUGCUGCUGUGCAUCGGAGGAAUGUGGCGACUGUGACCUGCCCUGUGACAUGGACUGUGGCAUCAUUGACGCCUGCUGCGAGUCUGCAGACUGCUUGGAGAUUUGUAUGGAGUGUUGCAGCCUUUGCUUCUCCUCCUGAGGCCCACAACCACCACUAAGUGUUGCAAAGUGAUGCUUUCUCUAAGGCACAGGAUUAACUAUGGCCAGCUCCUCAACAGAGCUAAGAGAAGCUAUACCCAGUCUUCGCUGCCUGAGCAAUGUGAUCCACAUUAUGUCGACUGGAGUUGGCUCUUAUUUAUGUGCAAGGUGUCCUACAAGGUUUGUCAAAUAAGAGAUCUAACAUAAUGCUGAGGGCAGUCAUAUAUGAAUUCUUAUUUCCUUUGUUGAUCACAUCACAGGACAAAUGCCUUCUUUGCUUUGUCUUAGCUGUUGGUUCAUUGCUACACAGCUGGGUGUGUGGUUUAGAGAAAAUUCCAACACUGAUCUGUGAGUCUGCCGGGCUGUGCAAACCGAGCCUCCGGACCCUCACUGAUCCAGUUAUUAAUACAAUGAAGCCCCUAUUGCCAUCUGAAUUACUGGAGUUCUUCAAGCAUGAAAAAUGACCUCCAAAGGCAAAUGAGAAAAUGGCUCCGUUUAACUGGAUUUUAGUGUUUCUGUAGAUAAGAGCAGUAGCAUAAUGGGAAAAUGGACGCUCAGAUCUCCGUAAAAACGCAGUCUGUCCUUCUGUCAUUGGCAAGGUUAAAGUCUUCCAGUUAAGAGCUUACAGUGGCUUUUAUAAAAUACACAUUCCAACAGCAAAGGGCUGAAUCCUUCACUGUAUUUGCGCUUGUUGCAUUGUAGAAAAUAGAGAAAACAUCAAUGGUGGCUUGUGGCAAUAUUUUAGAUGGAUCUCUUUUGCUAAAACGCAUCUUUUCUUACUGGACCGAUUCAGAGAGGAAUCAUGGAGGCCUCAUGCAUCUGCCAGGAUACCCUGCUAUACGAGUACUGUAAGUAAUGGACACGUCUUCUACUCCAACAUGUGAAGGGAGAGCUUUAUUACCCAAAAAUCUCUCCUCAUCUAAUAUUUCACAUUUUGUUUACUUUCACAUUUGAUUUGAGAAGCUUUGACUGUAUUUAGUGAAUUUUUUUUUUUUUUUUUUUUUUUUUUGCUCAUCUGGUUAAAGACUGGAAGGCAUCAUCUCUUUUUAAAUACAUUUCAUUUUUCUGUCAUUCUUGUCACGUGAACAGAUGGCCUUGGCUUAGCUUAAGGCUUGAAUUUUCAAAUAGUUUCCUCGACUUUACCAAAUCUCUAUUAAUCCUUGUUUUGUAGAUUUUAGUUAAGAUAUUUGCAUUUUUCCUCUAAUGUGAAAAAGAAAAAAAAUCACAUUUCUGUGUUAUCGGGUUUUGCUGGGCUUGUUGUAAAGCGUUGCUUCAAAUCUAAAUCAGUUCCUUGAGUGAAAAUCUCAUGAAAUUAUGCUAAGCUAAAUCCACAUGCCCAUAUUAUAAAUGGUACAGUAUGAUAAUAGGCCUGCACUCACCAUAUCGAGUGAUGCGUACCUUCUCCAACCCAAUACCUCUUGAGAUGUCACUUAGAUCGGUUGUGCAUUUUACAGUGACUUGAUGCAAAUCUCUUUCCUCUGAUGAAAUACUGUUAGAGAAAUCCUUUUUUAUUGGAAAUAUGAAAGAGUUUACUCUUUCUGAACCUAAGUUUCUAGACCUUUACUUGCAUGUACAUAGAAGUACUAUUGUUCUAGAGUGACUUAGCUGUUUGAUAAAACCCUAUUUUAAGGGUUUAAAUCUUACACUGAGGAUAAAAAUACAUUACAAUAGUACUUAACUUGAUAGCACCAAAGCAGAAAAUGCAUAAUGCAUUUUACAACUUGUAUUUUCACGUAGUCUAAGGCAUUCAGCUAAAGCAACUUGAGAAGAUAUGCGUUGGACUGAAUGUGUUUUAAAUUUUUGAGACAUUUUCAAAUCCUGGAGAGCCCCAAAACAAUGCAACUUUUUUAGAGAUUUAUGAUGGGAGAACUGAUCAUGCCAUGUAAUGAUAUGUACAGUAGUGGUAACAAUGUUCAUUUUUUUGGUAUUUACAAAACAUUCCAAGUACAAAAUAAAAUCGCAGUGCUUCAUCUAGGGAGCUGUUCUCAGUCACUAGAGCAGGACAUUGUGAAAAAUAUUUCUAGUAUGUGCAAUGUUAUCUCAUGUUCAUGUGAAAACAAGAUAUAAACCGUUUCCUAAACAACACUGGUUACUUAACAGAAAACAAAAGAUAAAAACAGUUUUGUACCACUGGAUUACAGUUGGCCAACCAGCUAAUAAAAUAAGUUGUCGUAUACAUCAUAUACACCGAGAGACAACCAGCCACUCACACUCACUUCUGUGAAGAAUUUAGUGUGACUAAUUAACCUAAGAUGCAUGUGUUUGGAUGGUGGGAGGAAGUCGGAGUACCCGGAGGGAAUCCAUGCAUACACAGGGUGAACAUGCAAACUCCACAAUGAAAUUUUUUUUUGCCGUCUGAAUAUCUUUGAAUAUACAUUGAUGCUGGGAAGUGCUUCACAGCUUGUGGAGAAGAGGAACAGUCUGGAUACAUCAUAGAAAACACUGUUUACUUGGUCUGGUAAUGCAGAACAUAAAACAAACUCCUAGUUACUCAUAUCUUCCAAUAUAUCCCUUGUGUUCGUUUAAGCAAUCACAGCAAUACUGGAAGAAAAUGUGUUGAUUUUCAGUGAUUUCAAUAUUCAGUAUUAUACAUUUUCUUUUUGUCUGUGUUAAAACUUUCAUUAACUAUAGAAAUAUCAUGGACUUGUGUCAUUAUGAGAGUUUGGAAAAUUAUGAGUUUGGAUAUUGAAUUAAAGGGCUGGCUGUCUCUGCUAGUACUCUUAAAGUUAUUGUAUCCCAGCUGAGUUGUUACUAGACUGUAGUCCACUAUGUCAUCUUGUUUACAUUACCCCACUUUAAUGUCCAUUUGAGUUGCUGUCUUGGAAGUCACAUUAACAUCUUUGUUUAA